AUUAUUAUGUAGCACAAAUGUAGCUUCCACUUAAUUAACAAUCUCUCAGUAAAUUGUGAUCUUGUAAUCAUGUCGUGUUUUGUUUUAAUAUUGAUUUUAACGAGUGGAGUGUGUAGUUAUGAAACGAACAUGUUACCAAAUAGAACGACGAUUGUACAUCUAUUUGAAUGGAAAUGGCGUGACGUUGCAGACGAAUGCGAGCGUUUUCUUGCACCUAAAGGCUUCGGCGGUGUCCAGAUAUCUCCGCCUUCCGAAAACCUGGUGAUACACAAGGAUGGUCAAAGACCUUGGUACGAACGCUACCAAGUAAUGUCCUACAAGCUGAUAACGAGAUCCGGUGACCAAAAUGAUUUUCUGGAUAUGACUAGGAGAUGUAACAACGUCGGUGUACGAAUCUACGCCGAUGUUGUCGUUAAUCAUAUGACGGGCGCUUACAAAGAUAAUAAGGGCACCGGUGGGAGCACGGCAGACUUCAACACCUAUAAUUACACGGGAGUCCCAUACAUCGAAAAAGAUUUUCACAAUCCGCAUUGCAAAAUCAGCAACUACUACGAUGUCAAUGAGGUACGAAACUGUGAACUGUUGGGAUUAAAGGAUUUGAAUCAAACUGAAGAAUAUGUACGCAAGAAAAUAGUCCGAUACUUCAAUAAACUCAUCAAACUCGGUGUAGCUGGUUUUAGAAUCGACGCAGCCAAACACAUGUGGCCAAGCGAUCUCAAAGAGAUUUAUAAGCAGCUUAAUAAUUUGAACCCCGAACACGGAUUUGUUCCAAGAACGAAGCCUUAUAUUUACCAAGAGGUUAUUUACAAUAAUGGAGAACCAAUUCAUCCCGAGGAGUACACGCCUUUCGGUGAUGUCACUGAAUUCAGGGUUGGAUCGGAACUUACGAACGUAUUUCGCGGUAAAAAUGCAAUGAAAUGGCUAAUAUCUUGGGGAGAACAUUGGAAGAUAUUGCCUCGUGAAUCAGCCUUAACUUUUAUUGACAACCAUGAUACUCAGAGGAGCAAUGACGUCCUGACAUAUAAAGAAUCUAAAGCUUAUAAGGCAGCCAUAGCGUUCCUAUUAGCACACCCAUAUGGCAAGCCACGUGUAAUGAGUAGUUACUUCUUCGAUAACAGUGAACAAGGCCCACCGUCUGAUGGAAACGAAAAUAUUAUCACACCAUGCAUUAAUGAAGAUGAUAUGUGUGGUAACGGUUGGGUAUGCGAGCAUCGAUGGCGCCAAAUAUACAACAUGAUAUCCUUCAGGAACGCCGUUAGUGAUGCCAACAUUGAACGUUGGUGGGAUAAUGGAAACAAGCAAAUUGCUUUCGCGAGGGGUAGAUUUGGUUUUAUCGUAUUUAAUGGUGAUAACGUUGAAUUGAAUCAAAACUUGCAGACAGGUUUACCACAAGGCAGAUAUUGUGACGUUAUAUCUGGUAAGAACAUUGGUGGAAAAUGUUCUGGGACGACUGUAAGGGUAGAUAUGAACGGCCGUGCACAUUUCUACAUAUCACAAUAUGCUGAAGAUAUGCAUAUCGCUUUACAUGUUGGGACAGAGUCAAAGUUGUGAUCGAGUGACAAGUGAGAACCGUACUUAAUUACGAGAUUGAAUAAACAAUAAUGUAAAA